CAUUCACGAGUUGUCACUUUGUCAGUCGGAAAAGGAAAAUCGAAAUAUUCGCGCAUUGGCUUGCCCUUCGCUCAAAUUCUUGGUAUAAAUUUUACACACACCAUAAAAGCACACAAUGGGUGUCCCUGCUGGUAAUGCUGAAAAUGGAAAGAAAAUAUUCGUGCAGAGAUGUGCCCAAUGUCACACUGUGGAAUCUGGUGGCAAACACAAAGUAGGCCCUAACCUUCACGGUUUCUGGGGUCGUAAGACUGGCCAAGCAGCAGGAUUUAACUACUCUGAUGCUAACAAAUCAAAAGGUAUUUCAUGGAAUGAGGAUACUCUGUUUGUGUACCUGGAGAACCCCAAGAAGUACAUCCCUGGAACCAAAAUGGUGUUCGCUGGCUUGAAAAAAGCUAAUGAGCGUGCAGAUCUCAUUGCUUACUUAAAGGAAGCUACUAAGUAAACAGCAAUUUAGAUAAUAUUUAUAUAAAGUAGGAAGUAUCUUUCAUAAUAUUUCUGGAAUUUACUUUCUAUUUUUAGUUCAAUCAGUAUCUUCGGCAUGUUGCUAUUACGAUUGGUUGCAAGUCUACAACAUGCCUAGUAAAUUAUUCAAAACCAUGUCAUAACUGUUAAAGUUGUACUUUGAGUACAAUUAUUGUGCGUGAUGGAUGUUAUUUUUGUCUAGCUUUACUGACAGUGAAAUUAAUGUUAAAUUAAAUUAUUGAUAGUUUACAACAUCAGCUUUUUAUUUGUAAUGUUGUUUCCACAUUUAAUA